AUGGACACAGACGAUGCCUUGAUCUUAGACUCGUCCUUGGGAGGUAUAGUGAUACCACUGAUUGAAUUAGGCGACGAACUGGAGGACAACAACCUCGGUGGCGCAGUUGCAGCGUGCAUAUGGGCUCUUGCGGCACUUUCAUUGGGGUGGUUGGCUUUGAGGCUUUACCUCAAACUACGAAAACACUGGGGCUUGUGGUGGGAUGACCAUUUAUUAACAGUCAUCUGCAUUGUGCUAUCCAACAUAGCAACUACUGUCGCAAUAUCGCAAGGUUUUGGCCAGCAACCUUACGAAGUUCCCGCGAGCGCCUUGCCCCAGAUAUUACUAGCACUGCUCAUAUCAGGCCUCUUCUCCAUACUAGGUGCAACAAUCAGCAAGACUUCGUUCGCACUCACUCUGCUUCGCAUUUCAAGCGGUUGGGUCAAGUGGAUCAUCUGGUUCGCGAUUGUUACGAUUAAUGUGGCUAUGGGCCUGAGCCUCACCUUCAACUGGGUAGCGUGUACGCCAGUGGAGAAAAGCUUCAUCGCUUCCACACCGGGUUCAUGUUGGCCGCGGGAAACGCUAAUCGGAUACAAUACUUUUUCUGCAGCCUAUUCAGGAGCUACGGAUAUUCUAUUAGCGCUUCUACCGUGGAAGAUAAUUUGGAAGAUGGAGAUGACCAAGAAAGAGAGAAUUGGCGCUAUAUGCGCAAUGAGCCUCGGCUUAUUUGCCGGAACGAUCGCACUUGCUAAGAUCUAUGCUCUGAUCGGUACAUUCGAGGAAAAUAUCAGUAACUCCAUUCAGCUCGUUGUGCUGUCCAUCGCAGAGACUGCAGUCACAAUAAUGGCUGCUUCGAUCCCAAUACUACGUGCCUUGGCACGUGAUAGGCUAAGACGAGGAGGAGAGCGGCUUUUCGCUUUAAACAUGACGGAGCACUUAACCCUUAGACGAUCAUCUGUAUCACAGCCUGAUGAACUGAGUAGUGAGCAAACCAAGGCCGAAGAGUCCCCCAGGAGACUUUUCAGGGUGGUGAGGAAGGCUUCAAGUAAACGAGCCCCGGCGCUCUCUAAGAUUAUAGAGACCGAUGAACUAUCACCGGAGUUGUUGGGUGGCACACCAACUGGAGAGAGAUCAUUUGUAUAA